CCGGCGAGGUGCGGCCCGCGGAGCACGCGGCGGCCCGGCUGCUGCUGUGCCUGCUGGCGCGCGGUGGGGAGCUGCGUCAGCGACAACCAGACGUGCCUCAGGCCGCUCAACUUUGGGUGGAACGCUCCAACACCGCAGUUAGUCAACUGACCAACCAGCAGAUGGCGGCAGGCAUGGAGAUCGGCUCCAGGGUGGAGCGUGGCGUACACUGGGAUCGGGGUCCUGGCGUGGGCACGGCUCCUGGGCGUGGCACUGUUACCAAAGUAGAUUCCUCAUUCGAAGUGUUUGUUAAAUGGGACCGCACUGGUCAAAUCUGUGGUCCCUAUUCCAUGGGACACGACGGCGGGCGUUACCAUCUCAGUCUUCUGGUGACCGCUGCGAUGGUGAUGGUACCCUACCUUGAGUCAGAUCUGAAAGUUUUAGAUGCAGCCUCUUUACGUUCAUGCGCGGAGGCGACCGAAGCGGUGAAAGAAAGCCGUUGUGAUCAGGUGGUCGGCCUACAGUGCAAUUCAUUGCCCGCUGUGUCCUUAACAGUGCUGAAAGAGUGUGCUAAGGGCACCUAUGGCAAUUACGGCUGGCUCAGGCAGCCAGGUCUGCAAGGCUUGCAGAUGGUGUCCCCCCUCCAGCAGCACCUGGAAGCGGCCCUCGCUAUGCCGCGCCUGCGGGCCCUGAGCAUCACCAACAUUACUGGUCCGCAGCUACAGCAGGUGACCCACUUGCUCGGCCAGGGGGGCCAGUUGGCGUGGGUUCAGCGCCUGGAGCUGCACUGCCCGUUCGGUGCGCCACUGUUCAUGCUGACCUCCCUGGCGACUCCCUCGAGGAAGGGCUCGCUACGCUGGCUGCGCUGCGGCGUGCACCCGCUAGUGGUGGCGCUUGUCUUGAUGCGUGCGCACGCGGACUCGCUCGAAGAGCUGCAGUUGGUGGCCGCCACGACGGAGCCGUACGGCCUCACGUACGGCUGCCCAGACCUGGCGCAGCAGCUGCGGGGCUGCGGCUUCAAGAAGCUGAAUCGGAUGGUGCUGCUGCGGCACGACGCCUACGACGGGGCCUGCCGCCACGACAACACGAGCUGCAAGGCGCAGAUGGCGUCACUGUGGGAGAUGUUUGUGGAGAGCAACUUGCGUCCCACGAUGCUUUGCAGUUUGUGUGACCGCGUGGCUUAGAGCGGUGGCCAGCAGAGCAACGGUCUGCAUUGCAAUUUUCUUACUGCCCUGAUACUGCUACACAAUCCACUGCAAGGUUGUCAUCGCCUGCAAGAAUGUAAGCUGGUUGCUUGUUUGCAAUGAGCACAAGUGUUUUUUGUUUCCUUUGUAAUCUAGAAACUUUUUGGGCUCCGUAUUAAAAUUAGAGCUGCGAUA